UUUUCAAAAGACAGCUUAAAAACUUGUAUUAGGUGUAAUUAUGGUGCUGAAGCAGUUUAACAGCAGCCCCAAACUCAAAAUAUCUGAAAAACUCUUCGGUCUUUUUGAAAAUGCAAUAUUUGUCAGGAGGGGCAUGUUAAUGUUUUUGGCAGGGCUAUGCCAGGCUAUAAGCAUGUAUUUAAACACCUUUGCAGCAAGAUAAGGAAAAGAAGUAUUAACACACCAGUGUCCAGAGCAGAUAAGAUACUCUGGGUGUGUAGUUUGUUUCUUUUUUUUCUGAAACUCUUCAUUUAGCACUAAAGCGGUACAUGUGUCAGAUGAUUCUAUGUUGGAAUUAAGCUCUUUUUCAUAUAUAUUUAUAAAUUAAGCAACUGCAAAUGGAGAGCUUAGAAAAGGACCAUUCCUAUUCUGAAAAUCCACAGCAGCCGGUGGUCUCAGCGGAGGACUAUGCAGUUCCAGAGGUUGUAGUCACACGCCAUUUGAGAGACCGAGAGCUGCUCAGAAAAAGGAAAGCCGAGGCGGAAGAAAAAAACACUCACCAGUGGGUCCUGAGGGAGCAGAAGAGGAGCAAGCCAACAGGAAGGGGAAGAGGGGCCCGCCGAGGCCGAGGCCGAGGCAGAGGCAGAGGCCAGCAGCAGGCUCCAGAGCCACAGGAAGAACCUCAGCCAGAAGUGGUGGAGGAAGAAAAGCCUGAGCUACAGGUGACUAAAUUGGAGGAGGAGGCCCAGAAGAGUCUAGAUCUCCCAGUGAAGUCUUCUAUCCCUUUCCUGGAAGCUGGAGAACUAUAUACUCAGAAGGAACUAGCGGAAGGAAUCCCCCUUGCAAGUGCUGCUGAGGAGCUGUGCACUCAGCAAGAAACAGCUGGUGCAAUCCCAGCCGGAAGUGCUGUUUUCUCCAUGGAACCAGAGGAGACACCAAGAUCAGAAGAACCACGAGAAAUUCCUCAGUCUGUGGGAAAUGACCAUUUGGAACAAGAGUUCUAUGGCUCUCUUUAAUUGGCAGUAAUUUUCCACAGUUCAACUUGAAACACUGUUAGAAUACAUGAUAUUCUUGUGUGAGCAAUAAAAGCCAGUGGCCUUUGCUGCUGUCACCUUUCUGCAAUUUCCUUGGA